GAAAACAUAAUACAAAAAAAAACCAGACGCGGAAAUCGUCGCAUAUAACUGUCAGCGUGCACGUCUUAAAGUUAAUACGAAAAUCCAUUUUUAACACGAACUAAACAUGUCUGCCGUCACGAAUAUGGAAGAUGAAUACGAUGAGUACAACUACGACCAAGACAAAUUGGUCAACAGCGGACACAGCGGUAAGAAUAGAAGCAAGAAAGAGGCUAGUGAACACACCAAUCAUUUCGACCCAAGCGGUCACUCGAGAAAACUGUCAACUAAAUUGCAAAACACUGAAACCAACAGGAAGGAAGAGAAUUUGAAGCCCCAUCCAUCAACCAGAAAGUGAUGGGAUCCAAGCGCUUCUUCCAAUGUCUUGCAACGGUUUUACUUAUAAUUUUUUUCUUUAUUUUCCAAAAUAACUAAUUGAUUGCUCAUUAAAAGCCAUCGUUAAUAAUUGAUAUUAAUUUUAAAAACUAAUGUUCAGAAACGUUUAAUCUACGUUCUUUAACCGUAGAUUAUCUUUUCUUUCUUAAUAUAAUAUAUAUAUUAUUAUUUUUUUUUUUUUAAGAUAAUAUUAUCUAUAGAUGUUAUAUUUUUGAAAGGUGUAUAAGUAAUUGUAUAUGACAUCAAUGCAUUUCAAUACAUAUAAGUUGAUUGAAA